GUUGACGCCAGCCCCACGAGCCCGACCCACCUUUCUCUACAAAACACAAUCUUCUCUCACAAAUACAAGCACAAGUCAAUAGAUAUAACCCGUGUGAGCGGUGGGGGAAUAUUGCUGGUGAUGCGUGAACAAUGUUCCUAAGUGCACAAGCCUGGUACACGUUAGCGGGCGCUGGAGAGUGAUGAGACCCAAGCAUCAGCGCCAAAAGAAACACUAGGCUUAAGACCAGAAAAAAACUCAUCGUCCACCUCAUCACCAAAGCUUCAUUAAUAAAAAAUUGCCAAAAUCAGGUGUAGCCAGCGAAGAGACGAAGGAGGAGGAGGAGGAGGAGGGGAAGGAAGCGGUGAUAAAGAAGGAGUAAGGCAGAGCAGGAGAGCGUACAGCAGCAGUAGAGGAGAGCGCUGCCGCCAUGUCGGGGCAGGACAGCAAGGCGCCCCUGAGGCAGGUCCGCAGUAUCCAGUUCGGCAUCCUGAGUCCAGAUGAGAUUCGGCGCAUGUCUGUGACUGAAGGCGGGAUCAAGUACUCAGAGGUGUACGAGAACGGACGGCCCAAGCUGGGCGGGCUGAUGGACCCCCGCCAGGGGUGUCUGGACCGGAACACACGCUGUACCACCUGCGCCGGCAACAUGGUCGACUGUCCGGGACACUUCGGGCACCUGGACCUGGCCAAGCCUGUCUUCCACGUGGGCUUCCUCACCAAGACCGUCAAGAUCCUGCGCUGCGUGUGCUUCUACUGCAGCAAGCUGCUCUUCAGCACGCAACACCCGAAGAUCCGGGAGAUCGUGACCAAGUCGAAGGGGCAGCCGAGGAAGCGGCUGCUGCACGUGUACAACCUGUGUAAGGGCAAGAUGAUCUGCGAGGGCGGCGACGAGCUUGACGUCACUAAGGACCCGGACGACCCCACCAAGCUCAAGAAGUCUGCCACCCACGGCGGAUGUGGCCGGUACCAGCCCAACGUGAAGAGGAUGGGACUCGAACUGGUGGCUGAGUGGAAACACGUCAAUGAAGACACACAGGACCGCAAACAGAUCGUGACGGCUGAGAGGGUGUACGAGAUCUUCAGACACAUCUCUGACGAGGAGUGUUACCUGCUGGGGAUGGACCCCAAGUUCGCGCGGCCGGACUGGAUGGUGCUGACGGUGCUGCCGGUGCCGCCCCUGCCCGUGCGGCCCGCCGUCGUCAUGUACGGCUCCGCCCGCAACCAAGACGACCUCACCCACAAGCUCGCCGACAUCAUCAAGUCCAACAACGAACUCAUCCGCAACGAACAGUGCGGCGCUGCCGCUCACAUCAUCUCCGAGAAUCUCAAGAACCUGCAGUUCCACGUGGCCACAAUGACAGACAAUGACAUGCCUGGCAUGCCCAGGGCCCUCCAGAAAUCAGGGAGGCCCCUCAAGGCCCUUAAGACUCGCCUCAAGGGUAAGGAGGGCAGGAUUCGGGGCAAUCUGAUGGGCAAGAGAGUGGAUUUUUCGGCGCGGACGGUGAUUACAGCUGAUCCCAAUUUACGGAUUGACCAGGUGGGGGUCCCUCGCUCCAUCGCCCAGAACAUGACGUAUCCGGAGAUUGUCACACCGUUUAACUUCACCAAGAUGAUGGAGCUGGUGAAGCGUGGCAACAACCAGUACCCAGGAGCUAAGUACAUCAUGCGAGACAACGGAGCCCGCAUUGACCUCCGCUACCACCCGAAGCCCUCCGACCUCCACCUCCAGUGUGGCUACAAGGUGGAGCGCCACAUCACUGACGGAGACCUCAUCAUCUUCAACAGGCAGCCCACACUCCACAAGAUGUCCAUGAUGGGUCACAAGGUCAAGGUGCUGCCCUGGUCCACCUUUCGCAUGAACCUGUCGGUGACGUCGCCGUACAACGCUGACUUCGACGGGGACGAGAUGAACCUCCACGUGCCGCAGAGCAUGGAGACCCGCGCAGAGAUCGAGAACCUCCACCUGACGCCCAGGAUGGUGGUGACGCCACAGUCGAACAGGCCGGUGAUGGGCAUCGUGCAGGACACGCUCACCGCCGUCCGCAAGAUGACCAAGAGAGACGUCUUCCUCGAUAAGGCGGAGAUGAUGAACCUGCUCAUGUUCCUGCCCAUCUGGGACGGCCGGAUGCCCCACCCGGCCGUGCUCAAGCCCAAGCCCCUGUGGACCGGGAAGCAGAUCUUCUCGCUCAUCAUCCCUGGCAACCUCAACCUGGUGAAGACCCACGCCACCCACCCUGACGACGAGGACGACGGGCCCUACAGGUGGAUCUCCCCCGGGGACACAAAGGUGCUGGUGGAGCAUGGCGAACUCAUCAUGGGUAUCCUGUGCAAGAAAACUCUGGGCGCAUCGUCGGGCUCCAUGUUGCACCUGGCCUGGAUGGAACUCGGGCACGAGAUUGCUGGUCGUUUCUACGGCAACAUCCAGACGGUUGUCAACAACUGGCUCCUGCUGGAGGGUCACAGCAUAGGCAUCGGCGACACCAUCUCCGACCCCAGCACCUACAGGGUCAUCCAAGACACCAUCAAGAAGGCCAAGGAAGACGUGAUCGAGGUGAUCCAUAAGGCUCACAACGACGAGCUGGAGCCCACGCCAGGCAACACUCUCAGGCAGACCUUUGAGAACCAGGUCAACCGCAUCCUCAACGAUGCUCGAGACAAAACCGGAGGCUCUGCCAAGAAGUCCCUGACGGAGUAUAACAAUCUCAAGGCCAUGGUGGUGGCGGGCUCCAAGGGCUCCAACAUCAACAUCUCACAAGUCAUCGCUUGUGUAGGUCAGCAAAACGUUGAAGGUAAGAGAAUUCCCUUCGGUUUUCGCAAGAGAACGCUGCCCCAUUUCAUCAAGGACGAUUACGGUCCCGAGUCUCGCGGGUUCGUCGAGAACUCCUACCUAGCCGGCCUCACGCCUUCAGAGUUCUACUUCCACGCCAUGGGCGGCCGCGAGGGUCUGAUCGACACGGCCGUCAAGACUGCCGAGACUGGGUACAUCCAGCGGCGGCUGAUCAAGGCCAUGGAGAGCGUGAUGGUCAACUACGACGGCACCGUCAGGAACAGCGUCAGCCAGGUGAUCCAGCUUAGAUACGGCGAAGACGGUCUCGCUGGCGAGUUCGUGGAGUUCCAGAAUCUGCCCACGAUCAAGCUCUCCACCCGGCGCUUCGAGGACCGGUAUCGCUUCGACGUGUCCAACGAGCGCUACCUGAGGAAGCUCUACACCGAGGACGUGGUGCGGGAGAUUCUCGGUGCCCCGGACGCCAUCGGCGUCCUGGAGACUGAGUGGCAGCGCCUCCAGGAGGACAGGAAGGUCCUCCGCCAGGUCUUCCCUAAGGGCGAUACAAAGGUGGUGCUGCCGUGCAACCUGGAGCGGAUGAUCUGGAACGUGCAGAAGAUCUUCCACAUCAACAAGCGGACCCAGACGGACCUGUCACCCGUGCGCGUGGUGGAGAGCAUCCAGACCAUGCUGGAUAAGUGCGUGAUCGUCUCUGGCAACGACCGCAUCAGCAAGCAGGCCAACGAGAACGCCACCUUCCUCUUCCAGUGCCUGGUGAGAUCCACACUCUGCACCAAGAAGGUCGCCGAGGAGUACAAGCUCACCUGCGAGGCCUUCAACUGGCUGGUGGGCGAGAUCGAGACCAGGUUCAACCAGGCCAUUGCGGUGCCGGGGGAGAUGGUGGGGGCGCUGGCCGCUCAGUCGCUGGGGGAACCCGCCACCCAGAUGACCCUCAACACCUUCCACUUCGCCGGCGUCUCCUCCAAGAACGUGACGCUGGGCGUCCCGAGACUCAAGGAGAUCAUCAACAUCAGCAAGCGGCCCAAGGCGCCGUCCCUCACCGUCUUCCUGGUGGGGGCGGCCGCCAGGGACGCCGAGAAGGCCAAGAAUGUUCUCUGUCGCAUGGAGCACACCACCCUUAGGAAGGUGACCUCCAACACGGCCAUAUAUUACGAUCCGGACCCCCAGAACACGGUGGUGGCCGAGGACCAGGAGUUCGUCAACGUCUACUACGAGAUGCCAGACUUCGACGUCACCAGGAUAUCCCCUUGGCUCCUGAGGAUUGAACUGGACAGGAAAAAGAUGACAGACAAAAAGUUGACAAUGGAGCAGAUCUCACAGAAGAUCAACUCGGGCUUCGGCGACGACCUCAACUGCAUCUUCAACGACGACAACGCCGAGAAGUUGGUGCUGAGGAUACGGAUUAUAGUCGGCGACGACAAGUUCAACGACGAACCUGAAGAGCAGGCGGACAAGAUGGAGGACGACACCUUCCUGAGGUGCAUCGAGGCCAACAUGCUCAACGACCUGACGCUCCAGGGGAUCGAGUCCAUCUCCAAGGUGUACAUGCACCUGCCGCAGACUGAUGAGAAGAAGCGGAUCAUCAUCAACGAACAGGGAGAGUUUAAGGCCAUCGCCGAGUGGCUGUUGGAGACUGACGGCACCGCCCUCAUGAAGGUCCUCUCCGAGCGCGACGUCGACCCCGUCAGGACCUCCUCCAACGACAUCCUCGAGGUGUUCGAGGUACUGGGCAUCGAAGCCGUCAGGAAGUGUAUUGAGAAAGAGAUGAACGCUGUGCUUAUGUUCUACGGCCUGUACGUCAACUACCGCCACCUGGCGCUGCUGUGUGACGUCAUGACCAGCAAGGGCCACCUCAUGGCCAUCACUCGCCACGGCAUCAACCGGCAGGACACGGGCGCCCUCAUGAAGUGCUCCUUCGAGGAGUCCGUCGACGUGUUGAUGGAGGCCGCGUCGCACGCCGAAGUCGACCCCAUCCGGGGCGUGUCUGAAAACAUCAUCCUCGGCCAGCUGCCCAAGAUCGGCACCGGAUCCUUCGACCUGGUGCUCGACGACGAGAAGUGCAAGCUGGGCAUGGAGGUGCCCAUGCCCGGGGCAGCCAUGAUGCACCCUGGGAGUAUAUUCAGCGAGGCGUCACCCUCCUCGGGCAUGACCCCCGCCCACACCCCCUGGGGGUCCGCCACCACCCCCUCCAUGUCCCCGUAUGGCGGGUGGACGCCUGGGGUGGGCAGCGGCAUGACCCCCGGGGGACCUGCCUUCUCCCCUGCCGCCGCCACGGAGACCACAGGUCUCUCCCCAGGCUACUCCCCAGCCUGGUCUCCCCAGCCUGGGAGCCCCGGGUCUCCAGGGGGGUUGAGCCCCUAUUUCCCCAGCCCUGGGAGCGCUGUGUCCCCCUCCUACUCCCCCUCCUCCCCUGCCUACCAGCCUACUUCCCCAAGCUUGACUCCUGCCUCUCCGGGCUACUCCCCAACCUCCCCAACAUACAGUCCCACCAGCCCUCGCUACUCCCCCACUUCUCCCCAGUACUCCCCAACCUCACCCUCAUAUUCCCCUACCUCCCCUUCAUACAGCCCCACCUCCCCCUCCUACUCCCCCACCUCCCCAUCUUACUCCCCUACUUCCCCUUCAUAUUCCCCCACCUCCCCCUCCUACUCCCCCACCUCCCCCUCCUACUCCCCUACCUCCCCCUCCUAUUCUCCUACUUCCCCCUCCUACUCCCCCACCUCCCCAUCUUACUCCCCCACCUCCCCAUCUUACUCCCCCACUUCUCCCUCUUACUCCCCAACCUCCCCCUCCUACUCCCCUACUUCCCCCUCUUUCCCUACUUCCCCCUCCUACUCCCCUACUUCCCCCUCUUACUCCCCUACUUCCCCCUCCUACUCCCCAACCUCCCCGAGUUAUGCGCCCAACUAUUCCCCAUCCUCGCCGGGUUACUCCCCAACCAGUCCCUCGUACUCCCCAAGCUCCCCACAAUACUCCCCAGCUUCGCCUUCCUACUCCCCAACCUCCCCCAAGUACUCCCCGACCAGUCCAACAUACUCCCCCGGUUCACCCUCCUACUCCCCGACCUCCCCCAAGUACUCCCCGACCAGUCCAACAUACUCCCCAACCUCACCUUCAUACUCUCCGUCCUCCCCAAAAUACUCGCCAACUUCGCCAAACUUCUCGCCAACGUCGCCAAAAUACUCGCCCACCUCGCCAACCUACAGCCCAUCCAGCCCACAAUACAGCCCCACCAGUCCCAAAUAUUCUCCAACCUCGCCGACUUACAGCCCCAGUAGCCCCAAAUAUUCGCCAACUUCGCCAACCUACAGCCCCAGCACACCAGGCUAUAGCCCCACCUCGCCUGACUACUCCCCGAGCCUUGCUGACGACGACGACGACGACAACGACCAACGCAAGAAACAAAAGAAGAAAGCCAAGCGUUAAUACUCACCAAACUGUUCACCAUUGUUCGCCAAAUGUUUCGCUAACGUCAUCAAAAUACUCGAUCACGUCGCCAACUUAUACAACCCGUCCACUCCACAGUCCUACUAUCCCCAAAAUGCUCGCCAACGUCGCCAAAAUGCUCGCC